AUGGAGUCGAGUCCUUUUCUUUCCCAGCAAAAUGUCAAAACGGGUCUGUGGUGGGAUUUCAACUCAAACCAGUGGAAGCUGCUCUUGGAAGAACAUUGGGCUUCCAUUUUAACGACGACUCUAGGCGUUGUUCUCGCUAUCUCGGGCCCGUAUCUUUUCAAGAUAGGCUUAUUUCUCAUAAUAAAUGCAGCACGAUUCAUAGACUGGGCAAGUCAAGUACGAAGGCGCACGAAACAGGAUCCUGAAAGUCAAAGCCUGUUGCGCCAUAAGCAACAGCCAUCAGCCAGAGAUUUCCUGGAACAGACAAAGGAUGUCGGCGGCGUUCGCGAAUUCUUUCAGCCUCUACGGAAGGCAAGCCGCCAAACGAGCGGAUACCACUUCGUGCCUCUCAUCCUCGUCUAUAUAAUCUUGGUGGCACUGUGGAUCGGUCGUGUCAUUGGAGGUGUCUUCGCCGCAAAAGUGAUGACGGAUGGAGUUGCUUUGUGGUACUCUCCGCGCUGUGGUGUCUGGGAAUUUGACAGUGACAACUCAGGGGACGGCGCUGCUUCGCGGCACGACGUUUUCGAUCGUGGGAAAGAGUCUCGGGCAGGAGAUUACGCCAAGAGCUGCUACAGCCCACCGCACGCGUUUCAGUCCAUGUUCUGCAACUUUUUCUAUCAGCCCAACAUCAGCUUCAGUACGUCAUCGUGGACUUAUGAGUGUCCGUUCAAAGACCGGAAUCUCUGCAUGAAAGGCACGCAAGCUGUUACAUUCGACACAGGUCUCGUAGACGCAAGUCUGCUCGGCAUCAACGCUCCACCUGAGGAGACUUACAAGUUUCGCCGAUCCUCAACAUGCACACCCCUGAGCAUUGGCUCUCCUUACGUGCGCAGCAAAGAUGUGAAUGGCUCCACGGUCUUCGAUUAUUACUAUGGUCAAAUCCAUGACGGCGAAAACGUCAAGGAGUCGACCUUCUCUAGUACCGGGAAUCCCUUCAACAUUCGAUUGCCAGCUUACAAUGUCGAGGCCUAUACAUGGGAUCCAGCCAAGUCGCCAACUUCAAAUUACUGGACGCCACUGGAAGGCCUGCGCUCCAACACAAUGGAAGGAUAUUCUUUGACGAUUAUGUUCAUUUCGUCACUGCGAAUAUUAUUUGUCAAACCCAGCACGGAUCCGAUUUUCCCAACGGACAACGACAUCGAUAUCGAUGGCAGUCUCUGGUACUAUAAGUCGGACCCGAGGUACCGAGUGUUGGUCUGCAGUGAUAGUUAUGAAUUCCGGUCCCCUGAUGGGCAGAAGCGCUGGUCGAGGGACAACCGUAUAUCUGGCCUCCCACCUGCAUACUGGCUCAUGGAUCUCGCGCUUAAUGCCUCGAACACGUACGAUUCCAUAGCCAAGCGAUUGGGAUCGGCUCUUAUUGCACAAGAGAAGGUCUCGCAGUUUACAUCGGCCGCAUUACCCGAAAAUCAUUGGGUUGAUGAGGCAAAGUUGCUAUUUGAAACAUCCCUGGCACGUAUACAGUUCGACGCCUGGAGCAUCGCCAGCGGAGAGGAUGCGUUGCAUGUAGGCGCUGAUGGGUACAUUGAGAAGACGCCAAGAGAAGCGGGAAACCUAUGCGGUCUGUUCAAAUUUCGAAGCUACAGCCACCGCAAUGUCGACUUUUUGGCAUUUUUCUUAACGAUUUUGCUCGUUCCGGUCCCAUCCUGGAUGCUAAGCUGGCCUAAGACGUUCAGGUGGUCUUGGGCAUCCUCGAGCUCUGAACAACGCGAAGACCAAGCCGGUUAUGGAACUUCAGAUGGUGCCCCUAUUCCAGAAGCACCCCAUCAGGGUUCCGGGAACCUAACUGCUCCCGGUCAUCGACACGCACAUUUGGCUAUUAAUCAGAAUGCUACAGAGACUUUGUCGACAGGGCCUAGAGACGAACAGAUCGAUGAAUCUCCUAGUGAGCCUCCCGGUGAGCCUGACGAAGACCUCAGAAGCAGCGGCGCAAGUAGCGCUAGCGAUCUCGUAGCUAUCCCUGGAGCGGCGCCGGAGGCAAGAUCUGAUGAUGGGAUCGGGUCAGAUGGGAAUCAAGAAUCGGAUAAAGGAAAAACAGAAGAAUAUGAAAACAUCAUCUUGUUUUGGUUGAUCUGGGAAGGAUUGUCUAUCUUGUGCUGGUUGACUCCGAGGUUGAUGUCUAUUCUAGCUACAUUGCUAAGCUGGAUGAGCUGGCACAUCAUAAGGGCUUGGGGCUGGGCUCGGUCAAAAUUUCCUGGCUAG